AUGCCUAAGGCACCUGUAACAUUAUGUGAUGACGAAAAUGUAAGAUCCAACUUCCUCGCAUCGUUUACCGCAAAAGAGGCAGACGCAAUUAUGAAAAAGGUUGACAACCGUUUUCUCGUCCUAAUAGGUCUCAUGUACAUGAUCAAGCAGAUCGACGUGAAUAAUGCGGCCAACGUCAAAGUGCUGCAAGUCGGCGAACCAACAAAUAUCUUAACGGAGCUGAACAUGUCGACAAACCAGUAUAACUGGGUUCAGUCUAUUUACGGUAUCGCCUAUAUCCUCUUCGAGACGCCCAGCAACCUGGUUCUGAAGCGAAUGAGCCCUCACGUGUGGCAAGCCCGCAUUUUCUUCUGCUGGGGCAUAAUCGUGGCUUGUCACGCUGCGGUUCAAAACCGCCACGCGUUAUAUGCGUUGCGGUUUCUUCUUGGUAUGUUCGAAGCCGGCAUGUUCCCCGGCGUAAUCGCGCAGCUCGCGGCUUGGUACAGGACAGAUGAGAUGGGGAGACCGGUGGCCUGGUUCUUCACUAUCCAGAACACGUCCAAUAUCGUAGGGUCACUGCUCUGUUAUGGAAUCAGCUACAUGAAUGGAGUGGGAGGUCUGAGUGCCUGGAGAUGGGUCUACCUCAUCGAAGGCAUCAUCACCAUCUUCUUCGCCGGCGCCGUGUUCACCAUCCUGCCGGACUACCCCAAAUCCCCACGAAGCAACGCAUGGCUCACCCCUCGCGAACAAGAGUUCAUCGAGGUCCGGCUACCAGAAAACGCGCCCCUGACAAGCGAUCCGUUCUUCUCCGCGAAGGAGAUCGUCGCGUCGCUGAGGUCGCCCCUGAUCUGGUCCUUCAUGCUCUCGCAGAUGCUGGUUAACUUCGGGAACUACGCGCUGACCUGGUAUCUCCCGACGAUCGUCACGAACUUGGGCUUCACCGCGCUGCCGAAGAACCAGCUGCUUAACAUACCGCCCGCGGCGGCGGCGAUUGGGGGGCUGAUUUUCUCGUCGUGGUUUCUUGGGAAGGCGUAUAUUGUCCGCCCGCUUUACAUCAUGUUCAUCAUGACCGGCAUGGUAGUCUGCUUCGUCCUCUUCUUCACGCUCGACUCGCGCAUCGGGAUCUACAUCGCCUGCAUCCUCGGCACCACGUUCACGUCCAGCUACUUCAUCCCCUUCUGGGCCUGGCGCACCGCCACCCUGCGCGGCUCCACCGGCUCCGCCUUCACCCUCGGCUUCCAGAACGCCAUCGGCCAGGUCGGCACCGUCACCGCCCCGCAGCUGUUCCAGCAGAAGUGGGCGUACAGCGGCUACAAGCAGUCGUUUGCGAUCGCGGCGGCGGGCACCGUCGCGGCGUUCUUCGCCAAUCUGUGGACGUGGUGGCUUACGAGGAAUACGGAGUAUGAUGUUAUGAGGGUUCGGAGGCUCAUUAGACAGGCGAAGAAGGAAGGGAAAGUAUUUCAUGGGGAUGAUGUGAAGGUAUUUGAGGAAAGGGGGUUUUUUGACGGGCUGAGGAAACGGAGUGAUGUUGAAGUCGCCGUUGUUUGA